UCUUGCAUUUUCAUUUUGUAUUUAUCAAAACGAAAUUGAUUUGUCAAAAAAAUUUUAGUCCAUAAAUCAACUUUGAAGACUUACAAAUUCCAACUUUUACUGCAAAUGUUUCUUACCAGAAUGGUCAGCGGUUUUAUUUGCGCCAAAAACUCAAACAGAAAUGCAAACAAUCAACAACAACAACAACAACAUACGCCCAACCAACAGCAAGCCCAACAACCGAAAUCACCAAGUUUGCAUAAGAAAACGGAAAAAUGCAAACGUUCGCUGUCGAAGACCGACUCGAAAAAGUCCAUCAGCGAGUUGCUGAAGACGCAUAGCAAAGAGACAACAGAGCGGCCAAGUACCAGCAAAAAUUACAAUAAUAACAAUGGUGGUAAUAACAGCUCCACCAAAGUUACACCCAACACUUCGAAAUCGACCAUAAAACCGCCAACGAAAGUCAAGUCUGGCAGUUGGAAGCGUUCGGAAAAGCAAAUAACCAAUUAUAAUGGCAUUUCCGUUGCUGGUAAGAAAUCCAAGACGUUGCGUAAGCGUUCACCAACUUGGCUGAAAUUUCCCAAUACGCCGGUGAAGAUUGCCGACAAGGUAACCUACGUUAGUCCGGUUGAUUCCACGUCGGUUUGUCGUCCCGGCACACUCUACUCCGAUGUGCUGUUCGGUGCAGGUUCAUCGUGCCUGGUGAAAAUCAAAACACUUACACCACGUCGCACAGCGAAUACAGCGCAGAAGAAACUCACGAAAGCAUUGCUCAGGUGUAACGGCACGGAAAAUGAAACUGCUUCGGCUAGCGAAACUAAAGCGGAUCGUGAAUUUUUUCCAAGUCUUAAUGGCAUCACUGCAACAGCAACCGUUGCGGGCGCUGCAAGUACUAUGUCACCAGAUAGCAGUCCUAGAAAUCGCAGCGCGACAGGUUCGCCUAUGUCGGCAUCUACGACGUCGGACUUAACAAUACCUACGAAUGCAAGCAAAUCAACGUUGAACGACGCCACGUUACCACAAGUCGUUGAACUACCCAAAUGCGAUGACGACGCUGAUGUUGUGAUACUCUCCGAAGCGAAUGGCAUUUGUGGUGCGGCAGGGAAUAGUUUCAGUGACAUUUCCUAUGGUAAUUAUUUGGAGCAUCAUUUUAAGCAAAUUAAUGGUACUGCGGGCGCUUCGCUAGGACCGAAAUCAAUAGUUUCCAAUUUAGAUGUGGUCGCGAAUGGUGCGUGUGUUGAUGGCACCACCGGCGAUACUGACAACAGCUUACAACCCGAUGUGGUGCUAAGCGGGUUUCCACAUCUCACAACGAAACCGUUCACCAUUGAUAUACCACAAUGGAAUUUUCUAGAUGCAGAUGUCAGCGCCGAUGCAUAUCCAAAGUUUCUCUGCCAAUUUGACGAUGAGCAUUACUUGAAAGCGGAGAAGAUGGCACUGUUGGGUCUGAAAUUGGCUUUGGGUAAUGGUAAUACCAAUCCGCAACAAGUUAAUUUCAAAUUUUAAGUGAACUUCGUAGGGCAGGAGAGACUUGAAACAAAUUUUAUUUAGUUUUAACAUUUUUUAUAAUAAAAGCACAGCGAUUUUUCUUUUGCUACGAAAAGAAGU